GGGGUGCCCACCCGGGCCCCCAGCGAUGUCGGUGGCCUUUGUACCUGACUGGAUGAGGGGCAAGGCGGAAGUCAAUCAAGAGACUAUCCAGCAGCUCCUAGAGGAGAAUGACCAGCUGAUCCGUUGUAUCGUGGAGCAUCAGAACAAGGGUGGAGCGAAUGAGUGUGUCCAGUACCAGCAUGUGCUACAUAGAAAUCUCAUUUAUUUAGCUACCAUCGCAGAUGCCAGCCCAUCCAGUACUUCAAAAGCAAUGGAAUGAUCUUUCAGUUGUAAGGAGUAAUUGAAUGUAAUCCAUCUCCUAUAAAAUGGAGACAGGAUCUUUACCAACUCAACUGCUUAAAACAUGAAACCUCUGGUUCUUUUUAAAAUGUGAAAAUGUGAAGGAAGCUACUAGUUUAACUACAUUCUCAAUGUAAAUAUUUAUUUUUAAUAAUUAAUCAGAUCCCCCAGAAAGUAGACCCCAGGUGUCCUCUUUCCUGAAAUGGGAGUGUGUUUGGAUAACAAAGAC